AUGUCGCAGCGACAGCAGACAAACGAGGAUUUCUACCUGAGCUCCGGCAGGCCGUCGAACCUGCUGAAGACGAGCUUCAGUAGCGCCCGCCUCGAGAAGCUCUAUCGCGCCUCGUCGCUGCAACAACGUCGCGGCGGCCUCACGUGCUUCUUGAUGUCGGCGAUCCUGUACGGCCUCUACAUGGUGACGAUGCCGGGUAUGGAGCUGCCGGCGCGUUGCGUCAGCGCCGUGUUCAUCGUCCUGAACUUCGGCUUGCUGGUCUGGGUUGAGAGCGGCACCCAAGCGCGUAACUCGCUCUGGUCGGUGGUGCCGUGCAUAGUCGGACAGCUGUGGAUCGUGUACCUGCCUGCUCAGCUGUUCCUCAAGUCCGUCAAGGUCACGCCGAGGGACAGCCUAGCCUGGAUGCUAUUGCUGCUCUACCUGCUGUUCGCCACUCUGCCGCUUAAGCUAUGCCGUUGCGUGUCCCUCGCGUUCAGCAGCGUGCUCGUGUACUUCAUCGCCGUGAUUGGUCUCUCCAGUACGACGCUGGAGGACCUUAAGACACAACCCGUUGACGUUAUGAUCCUGACGUUGACGCUCUUCGCCGGCGCCUGUAUCUUGGGUGCCUGCUGCUACUGCCUGGCGGAGUUCCAGCAGCGCCGCGCCUUUCUGGAGACCAGGCAGAGCUUGGAAGUCCAGCUGAUGAUCGAGGAGCAGAGCGCGGAGCAGGAGCGGCUGUUGCUCAGCGUUCUGCCGGAGCACGUCGCGGUCAAGAUGCGACAGGACCUCGGCGCGUCUCUCGACACGCAGUUCAAGAAGAUCUACAUGUCCAGGCACGAGAACGUGUCGAUACUUUACGCCGACAUAGUCGGCUUCACCGCGAUCUCGUCGACCUACAGCGCCAGCGAGCUGGUCAAGAUACUCAACGAGCUUUUCGCGCGAUUCGAUCAGCUCAGCGAACGAUACGAGCAAAUGCGCAUUAAGAUCUUGGGGGACUGCUAUUACUGCAUAAGUGGUGCGCCCAUCGAAAGGCCAGACCACGCGGUCCUCUGCGUGUACAUGGGGCUGUCCAUGGUGGAGGCGAUUAAAUACGUUCAACAAACGACGAACAGCCCCGUCGACAUGAGGGUGGGCAUUCAUACGGGCGCGGUGCUCGCCGGGGUCCUCGGGCAGAGGCAGUGGCAGUUCGAUGUCUACAGCAAGGACGUCGAGCUGGCGAACAAGAUGGAGAGCAGCGGUAGGGCAGGGAGGGUACACAUCUCGAAUGCGACGCUGAGCUUCUUAAACGGGGAAUUCGAGGUCGAGCCGGCGCACGGGGAGGAUCGGGAAGAGGCACUCCAAAAAGCUGGCCUCGUCACUUACUUUAUCGUGAAAGCCUUGAAGCCAUUUAAGCCAGCGGUGACGAAAAGCCUCGCGUCGCUGGCGGACGCGGAAAGCUCGCAGAGAAUAAUAGAAAAUAUGCAAGACAAGAUGGACAAUAUUCGAGAGGAUUCCGAGGAAUUUCAGCAACGUCUGAGGAAGAAACUCGACAGUAGAGGUGGUGGUACCGACCUGAAAGGUCACGUCAACUGGCUGACCCUGCGGUUCAAGGAUCCGAACGUGGAGACGGCGUUCCACAGCGUCGAGGAGGCCUUCUCGCCCCUGUCGCUCCUCGGCGGACCCUUGGUAACGAUGUGCGCGGCCCCGGUCUGGAGGCUGCAACCCUGGGGUCCAUUCACGUGGGGCGGCGCCGGGGUAGUCGCUCUCUUCGGCAUCGUGCUGGCCGGUGCCACCUGCCUGGGCAGCGCGGUCAGGGCGACGUGGCUCAGAAGCACCCUCGCGCUCCUGAUGACGUUCUCCCUUAUUAUAUUUCUGCUGUUAGACAUGACUAACUGCGUGAUCAUCGACGACAUCGACGAGCCGCCGAAGAACACCUCGCUAAACUGGAACCCGCGAUGUCCGUAUCCUUCGUACUAUUCGUACAUCGGCGUACUCGCGCUGAUCGCCAUCUCGAUGCCAACAUACCUCUGUUAUCCGACCAAGGCGUGCCUGAUGUACUUCCUUGCCGGCGCGCAAUCCUGCAUCAAUGCCCUGUUUCUCGGAUUGAGCCUCGAUAGGGAAGACGUGGCGUCGCAUCAGGGAUCCGUGCCCUUCCCGCAGAAAUACUCGCUGAUGACCACCUUGUUCACUAUCGCGAACGCGCUAAUCAUCGUGUCGAGAUACGCCGAGAAGGCGCGGAGAAUGCUGUAUCUACGAGGACGAGAGGUGAUCGCGCAAAGGGAACGAGCGGCGGACAUGAAGCGAAGAAAUGGCGCGCUGAUAUACAACAUCCUGCCGCCCCACGUAGCCGCUUAUUUCCUAUCGCACGCGAGGCACCACGACGAUCUCUACAGCCAGAGCUACGCCGAGGUGGGCGUGCUGUUCGCCAGUAUGCCGAACUUCGCGGACUUCUACAGCGAGGAGAGCAUCAACAAUCAAGGCCUCGAGUGCCUCAGGUUCCUGAACGAAGUUAUCUCCGACUUCGACGCCAUCCUCGAUCAGAAGAAAUUCCAGAGCAUCAUCAAGAUCAAGACGAUAGGAUCGACCUACAUGGCCGCUUCGGGAAUAUCCGAGGUGCAAUCGCCGCAGGAAGACGGUCCUCGGUGGACCCACCUCGUCACUCUCGUGGAAUUCGCCCUGGAGCUUAAGAAGGCCCUCUCAAGCAUCAACGAGCAGAGCUUUAAUCACUUUGUUUUGAAAAUGGGUAUUAAUCAUGGACCGGUGAUUGCCGGUGUCAUCGGGGCGCGGAAGCCCCACUAUGACAUUUGGGGCAACACCGUCAAUGUCGCGUCGAGGAUGGAGAGCACGGGGAAAGUCGGCUGCAUUCAGGUCACCGACGAGACACGGAAGAUACUGGAGCCAUUUGGUUUCGGCUUCGAGCAACGAGGUCUCGUCUUCGUCAAGGGCAAGGGGCAGCUCUUAACGCACUACCUUGUCUCCAAGGACGGCGUUUUCCUCGACCUCGACAGCGAUCUACCCGUUGAACCUACCCAUCCGAUAAUCUAUCAGUAAUUGCACUUCGAAGGCUCUAACUCGAAUGAGAAAACAACACUGUUCAAGCGGGGAUUUCAAGCCGAUCGUUCGGAAAGGGAACCCGUUUCACGACUUUUCUCUCGACGUAUAUAUCAGGCUGGAUGUUCAGAUGGAACCUGACGUCCACCCCAGUGGUUCCCGACUGCUGGCGAAUCACACGGAUUCGUAAAUUAGACGACGUCUCUGUACACCGAACGAAUUUUCUCCAAGGACGUUCGGCAGGCUAAAUGUGUAUUGUCGUAGAGAACUCUCUAAAUGUUAGCGUCCUCGUGUCUCAGAUGGUGGAAACGGCACGCGAAGGGAAGGAUCAGCGAGGGACGGGAUCGACGACGCCCGGGAUCGAUUCACGAUUGUCCGCGAGUUGUCAUCGUACGUCGCCAUAUCAUUAUCCAUUAUCCAUUAAUCGAUUAACGCGAAGGGAGAAGUUUACGCACAUUAGCUGCCGCCGAUUCAUUGUCACAAGGUUUGCACGCGCACACGCACGCACGCAUGCACGCGCGCACGCACGGGGUAUGGUGGCGCGUGCGCGUGAGCAUUACGAUCGGUUAGGGUGCGUUGAACUCGCGUAACAGGGUAUAUUUGAGAUUAAUAAAAAAAAAAAAAAAAAGUAAUAGGUUUAGAGAACACACUGGUCUCUGUAAACGCGAAUGAAACGAUAUUUUAAUGUCCGUUGUAAAUAGCAAUAGAUCCGUAGGGGGGGGAGGAGGAGGGACAGAUGCAAUAAAUCAUUAACGAAGAUUUAAUAUAAUGGACAGAUGGAACGUCAUCUCAAUAGGCUCUGGAGUUAACGUAGAGGUAAUUCACUUCAUGUGUGGUAAGUCUCAUGUGUUCUAGGACUAAACUUCUUUUUCCCCCAAGUCGAUCGGACACCGCCGCUGACGUGGAUGCUGCACGAGGACCGGGCACGCGAAUCCUGUCGUUAGUAUCAGUAUCCGCUCAUUCCGGUAUCGAAUCCUUCUUCAAUGCGAGCAAUAAUUCGAAGAAAUGUCAUCUGCAGCUCGAAAUAGCUUUUCGUCAGUUUCCGUGCCUGAUUUACAAACACACACACACACAUCACACAAAACUCGAAUUUGAAUUGCGAUAUUUCGUCGCCGAUUGUAUCAGGAGAUAAAAAGAAUCUUAGGAAAACAAACGAGAGAAGUGUUAGCGGAAGCACAAGGUUAUUAUCGUUUUCGCGUCACCACUUGCAAUUAUCAGUGAUAACGUUUCGUAUACACGGCAUAAUUUUAUUACCGUUUAUUCGACUGCAAAUCAACGAUCUAGCGCGGGCGACAUCUUUUUAGGAUUCUUAGAGAACUGUACUCUCCCGGAUACACGUCCGUAGAGCACACACAGAUCUAUAUAUAUAAUAUCGGAUACAACAUAUAUUAUAUAACGGCGGUACUUGACAAAAUGGAAAUAUAAGAGCACUAGGAAAUUAUAAACGUGCGAUAUAUAAAAAACACAAGAAGAAGAAAGGACGAAUCACAUCGCCAAUACGGUAGUAAUUUAUUUUUCUACAGUCGCCGAGAGUUUAUCACAAAUCAAGAUGACUCGGGUAUGUGCGCAACGCACACGAGGAAUCUUAUUAAUGAAAUUUUCUACUGACUCUUUCGUUACGUACGACGGCAUAAAUUAGCACAAAAGAGAAAACGUCUCCCCUCGCGCGUGUUCAAGAGUAAUUUAUACUCACUCGCUGUUAACGAGAUUCACGUGACAAUUCGAGUAAGCUGCAGCGCAAUUCGCCCGCGCAAUUCGCGGUCGCGUUGAAUGUAACGAGAGAGUUGUAAAAGAAAGAGAGCAUCGAGAGAGAAUGAGUGUGAGUGGGUCUGAAAUGAGAGAUUGACUGGGAGAUGCGGAGACAAGUAGGUAUCGGCCUAAACGCGAGUAAAGCUAAGCAAAACGUCAAAAAAUGGACGUCUCUUCAUUUGGAGAGAGAAAAAAGAAAGAGAGUGAGAAUGAGAGAGAGAGAGAGAGAGAGAGAGGGAGAGAAGCGAUGUACUUCCAAAUUGUUUCACGAAUCGCGUACUUCCAUUUCCGGCCGACUUCUCGCCCGCACAAUCAUGCAUAUACGCAACAAACACGCGAAAUCGACGUGUACACGCGGAGACGCAUCGACUGGCACGUUAAUGUACACACGCGUACGUAGAUCGGAGAGUUAUCUUGUAAGAUAGCAAUAAAGAAACGAACUCUCUUUCGCGUACAUAUGCUAUAUUUUCAUGGGUCGGUAGGCAGGAAACGUGGAUGGCUCAACGUGUAACGUAAACCAUCUGUAAAAAGUUGACCAAUUAAGAGAAAUUAAUAGAGGUUUAUUUUUGUUAAAGUUGAUUCCUUAAUCCUUGAGAGAGUGUAAAGAAACUUUGUCCUAAACAUAUCUUUGACUUUUCUUUUUACUUUUUUCUGUAACAAUUUUUGUCAAAGGAUUCGUCGUUAUGCACGAAGAGAAUAAAAGAUAAUAAGAGAAUAUAUCUAAAAAUUUUUAAUUUCUGACAUUAAAGAUUUUAGAAGAGAUUCUACCUCACAGAUUGAACGUCUAUUAAUUCCUCUUGAUUCAUUUAUUUAAUUUUUUUUUGCGGAUGAUGUAGAACGCGCAAACGUUCCGCGCAAUCGUGUAAUAGUCAUGUAAGGAGAAUAUAUCACUGUUGAUAUGUUAGCACUUUAAAUGUGACGGGGCAAAUUCGGAGCAAGCGAGAAAGAAAAACUUGCAAAACUUUCGACUUUCUAGAGCGGCAGGCGCAGCUGCACGCGAAAAUCCGCGGGUGACAUGUAAAACUACGCGAGAAACCCCACUCCUGCGUCGGCGAGAUAAUAAAUGGCGUCUUUGCCUACAAGAAAAUAUGGUAUUAUCUUUUUUUUUCCAAACAGAGGUGCUCGCGCCACUUUCAAGAUUUAUCCAUCGAGAGAGAUUAUUAUUAUUUAUCUUUCUGUAAACUAUUUGUUAUACGGGAUUCCUUGUUGCUGGAUGUUGAUGCUUAAGAACAUGCCUGUUCCGAGAUGUUUGGACACCGUUUAAAGAGGAUAAAAUGAUGAACAAGUUUUUUUAUAAUGAAAUUCUAUAAAGACAGUAUAAAAAUAAGACAAGCUUUAAACAUCAUUGGUCUAAUAAACGUUAAUUUUGAAAGUUGCGUAUAAUUUAUCACUAACUCGAGAGAUGAAGUAAGAAUCAUGAAUAUUCCUGCCAGAGUUGUCACAUACAUAUAUAUGAAAGUGAAAAUUUCUAUCGGCAUCUUGGAGCAGAGUUUUGUCACUUUUCAAUUCCACUCUCUCGCAAUUGGUUUACGAAAUCAAGUUCUUCUCUUAAGUGUUUAGAUGUUGUAUACCAAUCAAAGACAACAGGAGUAGCAAAUGUUAGUAUAAAAAGAAGACGUUAAUUAUCAUUGUAAAUAAAUUUCGAAUUAUAAUUCUGUGAAUUUCGUGAGGAAGAAAGUAAAAUGAAAUUAAUAUUCUGAAA